AUGCAAGGCUCUCCAGCGCAUGUGGACCCGUACCUUUUGUCUCCCAAUUUCUCGGUAGCACCGCUGGAUAACAUCGAUGUAGAUUCCCAGCAAUCCAGACCCGAGCCCAAUGACAUCGACGAUAUCCUCCAAGAAGUCAGAAUGGAAAAUAUGAGCCUCGAUCGCGCAACUUCGCCAACUUACUGGGAGACGGAUUUGAUCUCCGAGUAUGAGGAUCACCGUGCUCAACAGCCCUUAUAUACCGAUGACGAAGCUCCCGGAACGACCCGUUACUUUCGGCUUGAGGAACCUUUCACAGAUGAGCCGGACGGUGAGCCAGAUUUUGGCGACAAUCGAGACGACGAUCUUGAAGAAGGGGAAAUUCGUGAAGAGUCAGCGGCCAUGCAGGAUUUCCAUGCUCGUUUCCCUUGGAUGAGAAACGCGCCAAAAAUUCCCAAGGAGCUGAAGGAUUGGCCUGAGCCAGAUGAUCCUAAGUACACUGACCCCAAUGCUCUACCUCUAGAUCGCGACGCCAACGUACCACCGGCCAUCGCAUGGAUCAACAACCUGAUCUCGCUCGACGUACACGAGUUCGAAGAUUGCGAUGAAAAGGACAAGCAAUGCCCAGUGUGUCUCGAGCCCUUCUGGGAUGGUGAAAACAACGAGAUUCCCCUGCAGCUACCCUGCGAGCAUGUGAUUGGCAGGGAAUGCAUUUGGCGGCUCUUCUGGCAGGUUGGUGACUCGGUACGUACCACGUGCCCUAUUUGUCGGCAAGACCAGCCCAUCGAUCAUCGUGAGCCCAUUGACACUACACAGGGGCUUUCUGAGUUUUUGGAGCAGGUGAAUUACGUGCUCCUGAGAAUGGGCCCGCUGAGACUUGAUGCGGAGAAGCGGCCCGAGUGGGAGAAGAUCCGUCAGUACGUGCAGGAGCACAUUGCUGAGGAGCAAACAAAGAUCGAAAAUGAAGCGAUACUUAGGUAUCAUCUUGGCAUUGAAAUGAAGAACAACGACCUUGUCAAUUUCGUCGGUCAGUGGAUUCCUGAUCAAGGCGAGAGGGCGGAUUUGCAACAGAGGAUAGCGGCGGCCAUUCUGAACUGGAAUGAGGCGCGAACAGUGCCGGUUCGUGCGCAAGAUGCUGUGGAGGUCAAUCGAUUGAUAGAAGGUUUACAGGAGAAUGCGGAUGAGGAAGCCACAGCUAUGGACAUAGAUGGUUAG